GCCCCGUGAGGGAGACUGAAAAGUUGGGCGAAUGUGACAUGGAAGGCUGCUAAACCUCCCCGCCUUAGAGAGGAACAAAAGCACUUAGAAGCAAGGCAAGACUGAGAGGAAAGAGGAGGCUGCCCUGACUGAGAGGCCUGAAGGCCGAAAUCAGGUGGAGCUGAGAGGGAGGUUUUCACUCCAGUUGGAUCAUUGACUGGAAGCAGGAAAGCGAGCCAGAGGCCCAGACACAGUCAUCAUGGUUGGCGCUGGGCCCUACCUGAUCUCCGACCUGGACAGGAAGAGCCAUCGGAGAUCCUUCGCUGAGCGUUACGACUCUGGCUUAAAAACCCUGAUCCCCUUGCGUCCCUGGGCCAAGUUUUCCUCCAAUCCGGUGGAUGAUGCAGGGUUGCUCUCAUUUGCAACAUUUUCGUGGCUCACGCCUCUAAUGAUCAAGGGGUACAGAGGAACCCUAACUGGGGACACCUUGCCGCCGUUAUCCCAUCUUGACAGAUCAGGCCCCAAUGCAAGGAGAUUUCGUUUUCUUUGGGAAGAAGAGAUAGCAAGGGUAGGCCCAGAGAAAGCUUCUGUACGAAGAGUGGUUUGGAGAUUCCAGAAGACCCGAAUCCUGAUGGAUAUAGUGGCCAACUUCAUUUGCAUAAUUAUGGCUGCUAUCGGGCCGACUGUUCUGCUUCACAAAAUCCUGGAGCACACCGAGAAGAGAUCCAGCAACCUCCUCAUUGGAAUCAGCCUGUGCGUUGCGCUUUUUCUCACCGAACUCACCAAAGUCGUAUUCUGGGCACUGGCUUGGGCUAUCAACUACCGCACAGCGAUCAGGUUGAGAGUUGCCAUCUCUACAGUGGUGUUUGAAAAUCUGGUGUCAUCUAAGGCUCUGACACACGUCUCCGUGGGUGAGGUUAUCAAUAUUUUGUCAAGUGACGGCUAUUCCCUAUUCGAAGCAGCCUUAUUUUGCCCCUUGCCAGCCACUGUUCCUAUCCUCAUAAUGGCUUGCUCUGUGUACUCCUGUGCCAUUUUGGGUUCUACAGCUCUCAUUGGGACAUUUGUGUAUGUGGCAUUCAUUCCCGUUCAGAUGUUUAUGGCCAAGCUGAAUUCGGGCUUUCGGAGAUCUGCCAUUUCUGUGACUGACAGACGAGUGCAAAUCAUGAAUGAGAUUUUAACCUGCAUCAAGCUGAUUAAAAUGUACGCUUGGGAAGAGUCUUUCACUCAGACCAUCCAAGCCAUAAGAACUAUGGAAAAAAAGUUACUGGAAAAAGCAGGAUAUGUGCAGAGUGGAAACAGCUCUCUAACCCCUAUCGUGUCAACUGUGGCUAUCGUCCUCACUUUCAUUGUCCACACUCUCUUGAAACAAGAACUCACACCACCUGUGGCUUUUAGUGUGAUUGCCAUGUUUAAUGUAAUGAAGUUUUCUAUUGCAAUCCUGCCCUUUUCAGUCAAAUCAGCAGCAGAGGCAAAUGUGUCUCUGAUGAGAUUGAAGAAAAUUCUCCUAAACCAAAGCCCCCCUACGUAUAUCACUCCACUGGAAGACAAAGACAAUGCCCUGGUGGUAGAAAAUGCUACUUUGUCUUGGGAAUGUGAAAUCAGCAGAAAAAAUAGCCAAGAGAAUGUGUCUCCAGACAGGAAGGAGCUAUCUCAGGGUUCAAGUCAGACGUUUCUGCAGCCCCUUGAGUCCGAAGACACAAAGCCCAGCAGCCCCCUGGUUUUGCACAAUAUAAAUAUCACCCUGAAAAAGGGAAAGGUUUUAGGGAUUUGUGGAAAUGUUGGCAGUGGAAAGAGUUCUCUAAUAUCGGCUCUCCUUGGACAAAUGUGGUUGCAUGAUGGGACCGUGGGAAUCAAUGGAACAGUAGCCUAUGUGUCUCAGCAAGCAUGGAUAUUUCACGGAAAUGUUAGAGAAAACAUAUUAUUUGGAGAAAUAUAUGAUGAUGAAAGGUACCUGCAUGCAGUCAGGGUCUGUGGCCUGCUACCAGAUCUGGAAGUUCUCCCAUUUGGUGAUAUGACAGAGAUAGGCGAGCGGGGCCUCAAUCUCUCUGGAGGUCAAAAGCAGAGAAUCAGUUUGGCUCGUGCUGUCUACUCCGACCGAGAGAUUUACUUGCUGGAUGAUCCCUUGUCGGCAGUAGACACCCAUGUCGGGAAGUACAUUUUUGAAGAAUGCAUCAAAGAAGCCCUCAGAGAAAAGACCAUCGUUCUGGUGACUCAUCAGCUGCAGUUUUUAGAAUUCUGUGACCAAGUCAUACUGCUAGAAGACGGAGAGAUUCGGGAAAGCGGAACACACAGGGACCUGAUGCAGAAAGGAGGAUAUUAUGCACAACUGAUCCACCAGCUCCAUGGGCUGCAAGCCAAGGAUCUAGGAAAUAAUCCAGAGGAAGCAAUGAUACAACCCCGGCAGGAAAUCGUGGGCAGCGGCAACGCCGAAAAUUCUGAAAAUACUGUGCUGGCUUCAAGUGAUGAUUCAGCCAAGACAAAAGCACCUGAGGUGGCCCCAGAAAUCCUCGACCUGAAAGUUCCUGCCCACCAGCUUGUUCAAAGAGAAACGACGCUGGAAGGGUCAGUUACCUGGAAAACAUAUCACACGUACAUCAAGGCUUCUGGAGGUUACAUCCUGGUGACCUUCGUGGUGUUUCUCUUUCUUUUGAUGAUUGGCAGCUCUGCCUUCAGCAACUGGUGGCUGGGUUACUGGUUAGAACAGGGCUCAGGGACAAGCUGCAGGGUCUGGAGCAAUGGAACAAAGCCUCCAGCCUGCCCUGCUGGAAACAUCUUGGAUAACCCCCAGCUGCAUCUAUAUCAGGGGAUCUAUGGAGGGACGAUGUUGUUGGUGCUUGUUUUUGCAGUCCUUAAAGGAUAUGUUUUCACUAAGACCACCCUGAGGGCUUCGUCAACAUUACAUGAUGGUGCAUUUCACAAGGUCUUAAGAAGCCCAAUGAGUUUCUUUGACACAACUCCCACUGGCAGGCUAAUGAACCGUUUUUCUAAAGAUAUGGAUGAGCUGGAAGUGAGACUUCCAUUUCACGCUGAGAACUUUUUGCAGCAGUUUUUUAUGGUGCUAUCCAUUUUGUCCAUAUUAGCUGUUGCGUUUCCCACUGUACUGAUUGUCGUAGCUGUCUUGGCUGCAGCUUUUCUCGCUCUCUUUCAAAUUUUCCAUAGAGGAAUCCAAGAGCUGAAGCACGUGGAAAACAUCAGUCGAUCUCCAUGGUUCUCUCACAUCACUUCUUCGAUUCAGGGUCUGGGUGUCAUUCAUGCCUAUGAUAAACAAGAAAAAUAUGUCCGCAGGUUUAAAAUGUUAAAUGAUGAAAAUUCCAGUCACUUCCUGUUAUUCAACUGUGCCUUGCGGUGGUUUGCUUGGAGAACUGAUGUACUCAUGAACAUUGUCACCUUCAUUGUGGCCAUACUAGUUAUUCUGAGUCCUUCAAUUAGUGCUUCCUCAAAAGGCUUAUCCUUGUCCUAUAUUAUUCAGUUAAGUGGACUUCUACAGGUUUGUGUGAGGACAGGCACAGAGACACAAGCCAAGCUAACCUCUGUGGAACUACUAAAGGAAUAUAUCUUGACCUGUGUUCCCGAAUGCUCGCACCCUCUCAGUGGGGCGAGCUCUCCCCCAGGAUGGCCAGCUCAUGGACAAAUCACCUUCAAAGAUUAUCAGAUGAAGUACAGAGAAAAUACACCCCUGGCCCUUAAGGGUCUGAAUCUGAAUAUUCAAAGUGCAGAAAACAUUGGGAUUGUGGGAAGGACCGGUUCUGGAAAGUCAUCCUUAGGAAUGGCUCUCUUUCGAAUAGUAGAACCCACAGCUGGCACGAUCUACAUCGAUGAUGUUGAUAUCUGCAGUAUUAGUUUGGAAGAUCUCAGAAGCAAACUCUCUGUGAUCCCCCAGGAUCCCGUUCUGUUCGUAGGUACAGUAAGAUAUAAUUUGGAUCCUUUUGAUAGAUUCACUGAGGAAGAACUCUGGCAAGUCCUGGACCGAACUUUUAUGAAAGAGACAAUAAUUAAACUCCCAGAAAAAUUGCAGGCUGAAGUCACAGAAAAUGGAGAAAACUUCUCAGUCGGGGAACGGCAGCUGCUCUGCAUGGCAAGAGCACUCCUUCGUAAUUCAAAAAUCAUACUCCUUGACGAAGCCACUGCCUCAAUUGACACAACAACAGAUAACCUGAUUCAAUGUACGAUCAGAGAAGCAUUUAAAAACUGCACGGUGUUGACUAUUGCCCACCGCCUCAACACCGUUCUGAACUGUGAUCGGAUCCUGGUCUUGGACAACGGGCAGGUAGUUGAGUUUGACAAGCCAGAGGUUCUUGCCCAGAAGCCAGAUUCAGCAUUCGCCACGUUGCUGGCGGCAGAAAGCAAAAUCUGUGGGGGAAGAAGAAUGCACGGUGGCAUACUCAGCGUAUGAUCUGGGUGAGGAAUGAUAAGGGGGCAGAAAGAAACCCAACUCGACACUGCUGUGUAAAGAAUGACAGAAGAAGUCCACGCUGCCCUUCAUGGGAAAGAGAGCUCAAAUACCCCAGAAACAUAGCUGGCACCACCCUCCCUACUCAGAAGAAACAUGGAGUGAACAGAGUUGGACAUUUCCUUGCCUCUCUGGACUAGCUGAAGUGCUCCUCUGUGUCAGGCCUGGCCAGGGCAGAAGCCCUCAGGUAAAUUUAUGUACCAUUCCACACCAGGAGAAAUGUCGAUGGUGACUUAUUGUGUGAAAAUGGAAGUAGUCUAUCUUCCAGGGAGGGCAUGUAAGUAUCAGCAGAUCUGCAAAGUGAGUCCUUGCAACGUUAGAGGGGAAAAUCCUGAACAUUUAUUAUUUCGGCCCAAUUUCCCCCGAUCUUGACUCUGGCAAGCAUGAGCUACCUGUAUUCGAAGUAUGAAAGAUUGAUUGAAGUGUCUGGUGAAGAAAAUCAUAUUGCACAUGUCGCUCAAUCUAAGAUCAGUCAGGAUAACUAGGGAAGCAAAAUGUUGGAUUUCUAUAUAAAUGACAUUUUUUAAACUUUAUUGGUUAUUGAAA